UUUUAGCCUUAUAAAACAAACUUUCCUUGACGUUUAAACCCGAAACAAGGGUAAAAUACAAGACGGCAAACCCAAACCCAACCUUCAAUUCAAUUCAAGCCGAUAGUAUUGUUUGUUUCCCCCUUCUUCCUCCUUCAUCAGCAUAGCAUUGUUCUCUCCCCUACACCAUAAACCCUAAAUCCACGAUGUUGACUUCAGCAUCCUCAUCAUCCUCCAUCUUCUCCUUCACCCCUAAAACCCUAACCAUACCCCCACAGCAACCUCGCUUCACCGUCCGGGCCCACUCCAAACCCCCCAUUCUCCCCAACCUCAAAACCCUCGCCGGCGCCGCGGUCUUCGCCGCCGUCGCGCUCCAAUUCCCCUCCACCGCACGUGCCUCCCCUCCGCCUCCUCUCGAAACCGACCACCGCCUCAACGUCGAGGAGUCCCUCUCCCCUCUCUCCGACCUCCUCGAAACCAACGCCGAGGCCCUCGCCGCGCUCAAGUCCCUCCUCCAGCAGAAGCUCGAGCUCGGCGAGGACGACGAGGCGCUCGCCAUCCUCAAGCGCCUCAUCGCCGCGCAGCCCGACGCCGCCGACUGGAAGUUCCUCGCGGCGCGCCUCACCGCGGAGACAGGCGACUCGGACUCCGCGCGCGGCUACUACGAGGAGGUCCUCGCCGCGAACCCGCUCUCUUUCGAGGCGCUCUUCGAGAACGCGCUGCUGAUGGACCGGUGCGGCGAGGGGGAGGCCGCGAUGCGGCGCCUCGAGGAGGCGCUGCGAGUGGCGGAGGAGGACAAGAUGGCGAAGGAGGCCAGAGACGUAAAGCUCAUCAUGGCGCAGAUCAUGUUUCUUCAGAAAAACGUGGAUGAAGCGUUAGUAAUUUAUAAUCAGCUCACGAAAGAGGAUCCUAGGGAUUUCAGGCCUUAUUUUUGUAGAGGCAUGAUUUAUAGCUUGCUUGAUAGGAAUGAAGAAGCUAAGGAGCAGUUUGCAAAAUACAGGGAAUUGAGUCCAAAGAAGUUUGAGGUUGAUGGGUAUUUGAGAACCCCUUUGUCAAGGAUGAAGCUGUUUAGCACUGAUGAGAGUUGAGAAAUAGUAAUAAUAAAUUUGCGGCAAUUGGAAUAAGGAUGCAAAAACCGAGUUAAAUUCUUUUGCAUUAGCUAUGUAUGCUAUAUUGCUAUGCCACUCUUGAAAAGAUGGGUGGGUGUAAAAGUUGUUUGUAUUAAUAGAGAGAAUGAUAGAGAAAUAAUGAUUAUUGUUGAGUUCUGGUGAAUUGAACUCAGUAACAGUGGGGCUGCUUUUGCCUUUAACUUUUUGUUCUCACAUGUAAUUUCCUCUUAGUUAUUAUUCUCUGCUAUUAUUGGAAUAGCUACCAGUGUUUUCUGAUAUUUGUCAA